GGGCAACAGGGGCGCAGGGGCAAGGGAGUGUGAGAUGGGACAGUGGUAAGGCAGGUUGGUGAAGUCCCGUAGGGUGCAGCUGAUUCCUAGAACCCAGGAGUGCGCGGCCGGUCGAACGGCGGAGUUACUGUACAGGCGAUAGCACCACACAAACACACCGCAACGCCACACUCGCGAGGCAGAGCCGCAUCGCACCUGCAGGAAGGUGAGGGGCAAGGGAGGGCAGAGGGGGCCACUGCAAGAGGGCGAAGCGUGAAACGCAUGCGGACCUGCAGCGCUGGUAGCUGGGUGGUGCUGCCACUGGCGCGCAUGAUCACUUCCAGCCCUUUCCAGCAGUAGUAAUGAGUGUUAGGCUCCGCCCGACCCAGGUUGACGAGCACGGGCUCGGAACUAUGUGCUGGCGGUGGCCGGGCCGGCCCUGGCCGGCGGGCACCUUAUAGGCGGGCCCGGCGCAACCUUGAGCGCCACCACUGCCGGCGGCAGCGGUCCUGGUGACCUGGUGCCGGGCUUGUAGUGCGGCACAGCGACAAUAGGGGCUGCAAGCAAUGGGUCGGGUAUCCGUAAUCCAUCCGCAGGCGUCGCUCCGCGUAGUACUAUAUAUAGGACUGUACUCUCGAAAUUUGCACUAGUUACUUCCGUUAUAGCGACCGCUCUGAGACGUUUCUCCAAGUUGCACAAUCGCGCAGGAACACUUGACACUGCAUUGAAAGCUUUUGCAACCAUGAUUAUCUGCUUGGGACCUGUCUGCGUCCCGUUGCAUCUCUUGCUACCCUUCCUCAUGGGGCUAGCGCACCAGUAUGGCUACCUGAAGUGGUUUAAGCGGGAAUGGGUGGACUACCGCUACUGGUGGCGGAAAUGGAAAGGCAGCAAGUCCACGACAAGCACGGGGGCAGAGGGCAGCGCGGGCGGUGCGGAGGCAGGGGCAGCAGCCACCGGAGUUGCUGCUGGGUCGGAAGCAGGCGGGCCAGCUAAGGCAACAGCAAACGGCGCACGUCCGCACCCCAUGGCAUCCCCAAGCCCAGGGUCAACGGCGGCGGCACCGAGUGCACCUGCAGCAGCGGCAGGAGCUCCCGCGGGAGGUGAUGCUGCAGCCGCCGCUGAUGCCGCUGCUGAUGCACGGGGCCUGCGGCAGCGGCCUGCAGCCGCAGCAGCGGGCGCCGGAGUGACGCCGGCAUCGACCUGACACGUAGCAUAGAGGUGACGUGCACAUGGCGGGAGCUGCGAGGUAGUAUGAGUGUACCAUGUCAGCAGGAUGCCCUCUCCCGAGCUGACUCGCACAGAGCUGCACUGAGUGUUGGCUGAGGCGGUGCACAGGCGUGUGCAGGGGAGGGGCCUCCCCUGGGCGUGUGCAGUCCCACGGAAGGGCGCAUCAAUAUGCGCGCGGACUUGGCAGGUGGUGUGCGUAGCUGUAUGAGGCAUUGAGGCUGAGCUGUGGCCCGGGAAGCCCUGCUCACACAUUGUGAGUCACCCUGAGUGUUGGCUGUGGCGGUGCACAGACUUGUGCGCGGUCUGUGUCGAAUCGGGGUUGGAUAGGCGUAUCUGUGCAUGCUGCUUGCCUGGCUCCAUCAGACACAACGGACAAGCAG